UUGUGCUCUUAAGAAGCAGGGUAUUUCUUCUUGUGAUUCCUCAUUUUAUAUUGAUCAUCAGUUUUCCCUUAGAAUAGGGUCUGGGAUAUUAUUAGAUGAUGAGUCUGGGUUAGUAAGGAGAACAGAACCCCCUGACAAAGAAUAUUUUUCUGAUAGGGGUAGUUACAAGAGUGUGGAUGUAAGUGUGGGUAAUGAUGUGGUGCAUAGAAGGGUGAAUUCUAAAGACUCAGCCUAUAGCCUUCAAAUAUGGAUUCUUUAGAGGCUUCUACUAGACAGUGGUCUAGAGGUAAUAUGUCUUAUCAAGUCUUAUAAUUAAUUUUUUUAUCUUGGAAUAUUAGAGGAGUAGGUAAGGCUGCUCCAAGAAGAAGAUUGAAAAAAAUUGGUGAAAAUGAAUGAUGUAUGUAUGGUAGCUAUUCA